AUGGCUCACAGCACGACCCACGCCGGUGAUUUGGGCAUCGCACCCUUCUCGCUGCCGACCCUGUCCGCAAUUCACGCAACCGUAGCCAACGAGGAGGCCCAUGAAAUCUCCCACCCGACAGUUGAACACGCACCAGAUGGAACGGCGAUCCCCGCCAUCUCGAAGCGGAUAUCGUCCGGUUCGUCCAGCUCCCAGCAGGAGAAACGGUCGUCCUCCUCGACGCCGCCCGGAUCGGCCAAGGAUGUCGAGAAGUUCGGCGCGGGCGUCAUUGGCGAGGAUGGCUUCACCGAUGAGGAGAGGCUCAGGGAGUCCAAGUAUUUGACCGGCAGUGAGUAUUGUAGCUUCCCUUCUGCGCCCGUUGUGCUGGGGAGAUUCCCCGACUCCGCAACCGCCGCCUCCGCCUCUGCUCCGCAAUUCGACCCUUGGCAUGCCCGAAAGCCGGGGAUGGCCGUGCCCAUCGCCCCGCUUGGCGCGCUGCUCACUUUGCGUUCGGUGGGGCCCAGUGCAUGCCUGCAACCCCCCCGCUCUUGGCCGCGAGCGCGCGUCGCAUCCACGUAGGAUUGAUUUAUAAUUAGGAUCAGCGUUUGAAUGCGCCGAAAAAACGUCGCUCUGAUCGAUCUUACCCGUUUCAUUCGGGAUUGGCGAUCUGAUGAGGCCUCUCAUUUUUGUCUUCCUCUCUUCACCCCACUCCGGUUGUGACUGCUUCAAUCAAAUGCUCGCGUUCGGACCCGCUCCACAGAGAAACUUGCUGUCGUCUUCAUCGGGGUGAGUACCCCCAACGUGUGAUGAAUUUGGAUUCGGGAAUGCGCUUUCAAAAACUGACACGGAUGCCUUGCCGAACUCCUCGCAGAUGUUGAUGAGUGUUUGGCUCAUCGCCCUUGAUCAAACUAUUCUCGCGCCUGCUCUACCCGUACGUUUUCUGCCUCACAACAUGAACGUUUUUUGAAACUCGUAGCUUAUCCUUCUCAUGCCACGCAAAUCAGGUCAUUGCUUCCAAAUUCAACGCGCUCGACCAAAUCGCUUGGAUUGCCUCAGGUGCGUGCUAGCGUCCUCGCGCCAUGCCGUUGCUCGCGACUGACCCGCCAAAUUAUUCUCCCGGAAUAGCCUACUUCUUGACGCAAACCGCCUUUCUCUUGCUCUGGGGUCAACUUCUCACACGUACGUCCAUUCAAGAGCUUCUAGUAAAUUUGAAUGGCGUCUUACGCCCGACCGUCCUCCCGCUCCGCAGUCUUCGAUCGCAAGUGGAGUUUCCUCGUCGGUAUCGCCCUCUUCGAGAUAGGCUCACUCCUCUGCGCCGUCGCGCCGACCGUCAACGUCCUCAUCUUUGGGCGAGCCUUCGCCGGUGUGGGCGCGAGCUCCAUCUUCGUCUCGUGCCUUUCCAUCAUCGCCGAAGUGACGCGUCUCGAGGACCGACCCAAGCUCUUUGGUCUCUUUGGUGCCGUGUUCGCCAUCUCGUCCGUUGUGGGACCUUUGUUGGGCGGUGCUUUCACUGAUCACGUCACCUGGAGAUUGUGCUUCUGGAGUCAGUAUAUCCAUCUUCUGCAUCAUGUUCGUGGGCACUGUCUGACAUUGGUUAGUCGUUUCCGACGCGCAGUCAACCUCCCCUUUGGUGCCGUUACCGUCGCCGCGAUCUUGUUCAUCCUUGGCCCCCAACCCGCGCCGCCGCCAUCGCCCGAAGUCAUCGAGUUCACGACGAACAAGAUCCGCCGCUGGACGUUCGGCAAGGCGACCUUUGCUCCCGAGUCGUUCAUCUUCCGUCUCGCUGCCAUCGACUGGCUCGGCACAUGGCUCAUGCUCGUGAGCACCGUUUUGUCCCAGCAUACGGCGAGGUACCAGAGCAAUCCGCUGACUGAGCUUCAUCGUCACAUAGGCUACCAUCACGUGCCUCCUCUUGCCUUUGCAGUGGGGUGGCAACAAGUACGGCUGGCGUGACCCGAUCAUCAUCGGCUGCUUCUGCGCCUUCGCCGCGCUCGUCAUCAUCUUUGUCUUUGUCGAAUGGAAGGUUGCGGGCCCGACCUCAAUCCUUCCCCUGCGCUUCUUCCGCAACCGCAGUCAAGUCGGCGCGUGCCUCGAGGCGUUCUGCCUCAUGUUCUGCCUCUUGCUCGCGACCUACUACCUCCCCAUCUUCUUCCAGGCGACCAAAGGCGUCUCGGCGACCAAAUCUGGUAUCGACAUCCUGCCUUACAUGCUCGGCGUCGUCGUGGGGUCCGCGGUCUCGGGUGGCAUCGUCUCCAAAGAAGGUCACUACAAGCCUUGGCUGUUCUUUGGCCCGUGGCUGUUGUGCAUCGGCGCGGGCCUGCUCUACACCAUCAAGGAGACGAGCAAGAAUUCGACCUUGAUCGGGUACCAGAUCAUCCUCGCCCUUGGAACAGGAGCGUGUUUGCAACAGACCAUCAUCGCCGUUCAAGCCGAUUGUGCCAACCCCGACGACGUACCCCAAGCGACGGCGUUGGUCACCUUUGCGCAACUCGUGGGCGGAACGAUCGGAAUCGCCAUCUCCUCGACCGUGUUUGGGAGCAAACUGAGCUCCGCGCUCAAGGAAUUCGCUCCGACUGCGCCUUUCGACUUGGUCAGGAACUCGGUCGAGGCCGUCAAGACCUUGCCCGCCGAUAUCAAGCCCGCCGUUAUUCAUGCCUAUGUCAUCGCGCUGAAUAACGUCUUCGUCAUAGCUGUCGCUGCCGGUGCUUUGGCAAGUCUGAGUGCGUUGUUGGUCAGGAAUUUGAGUGUCAAGGGCCAAGCAAUGGGCGCAGGUGCGGCCUAG